GGAAAUUUUAAAAAGAACUGACGUUGCCGAAUCAGUAGUAUAGACUGAAUCUGGUUCUCUAUAAGGGUCUUCUUUGUUGGUUAUAUCCUAUAAUUAUAAACCAAUAAGUCACCAACACUCCAUGCGUAUUGAGUCUGUUUUGUAAAUCCAGCCUGUAACUAUGGAAAGCCACGAAUUGAAUGACAGCAUUUUGGAAAUCAAACAGCGCAUGAAAGAGAAAAGAAUUCAACGAAAACGAUUAGAAUCAGGUGAUCGCAGCCGAAGAUGGAACUCCUCAUUCCGAAGUACAACCUUGUUUCAAAAUAAUCAAGCUUUGACCUUAGCACUGGAAAAAACCCGAAUUGGUAUGCGUGAAGCCCAAAAAGCAAACCUGGGCCUUCUUAAGGAACGUCAGAACAUGAUGGUCAGAAUGAACUCUUUGCAACAAAUUGUGGACAAAAAAGAAAUGGACAUGGAUAUUGAUGUAACUGCUGCUGUUAAGGUACAAAUGAGUCGUAUAAAAGAUGUCAUUAACAAAAUUACACUGAGUGUGCAUGGAACGGUAGAAUUAAUACACCAAGCUCUACAAAUGUGUGACGAGAUUCCAAAUACAAUGCCAAGACAGAGUCUUUUGAAAGAACUUUCACCAGAUGACGAUUCAUUCAAUAUGUUGAAUGAAACAUUACAACAAAGUAUUCUAUGUACCAGAAAUGCAUCAUCUACACCAGUUGUCAAUCUCCUUGCAACAUGCAACACUGAGCUGUCUAAUACUGCUAGUUGCUUAUCAAAUGUCCUUGACAAAGUGAACUUGGAAAAUACCGCGACGACAGAAAAUCCAAACAAGGAUCAUCCUGGUAGGAACAUUACUGCUGCUAGACGUGUACCCAAGAAGUCAAUAAAGCAUGAUUUGAAAACUGACAAUGCAGUGCUCAUAGCUACAUCAAGCAAGGAUGGGAACAGCGAGUCAAAUAUGGCAGAUCUUCCUGCUGCGGACCUUACUAUUGAAAAUAUAACUCUCAAAGACGAAGCAUGUUUCAUCUCUGAUAAGUCCCUGGCAACCGAAGAUGAUUUGAAUGCUGCAAUUGUUGAGGACAGCGAUGAAGCAGUUAAAGAUACAGCUCCUCAUAAUAAAAGGCAAAGCAGAAGAUUGUCUAGCAAGAAAGCUUGUGCGAUGCUGACACAUAAUAACCAACCAAGAUCUUCUGAAGAUGUAAAGAAAUCAGAACUCAAGGAAAUCAGGCGAACUAUAGUUUUAAACAAAAAGAUAGAUUUAAUUCCAGUAAAUGACGAGCAAUCAAGGAGAGGUACAUUUGUGAUGAAGCCAGCAUCAAAAAGCGUAUUGAAACCAACUGAUAAACGAGCAACUUUUUUUGUAAAGCCUUGUAUCGUUUCAAAUGAUUCCUCGUCCUCUAGUAGUGACAACGAUGUCAAAGAAAUGGAAGAAGAAACGAUUGUUAAUAAGAACACGAUGAAGGUGGUUGACUGCCAUGCAAGUUUUCUUGAUGAAGGUAUUCCAAAUGAAAUUGAUGAAAAUGUAACAAGUCCAUUGAAUGCAGAAUUUACAAAUAGUGUCAGAAAAACACCAGCUAUCGUCAUUAAAAGAAAAAGGAAAACUGAUCAAAGAGCAGAUCGUGGACAUGCUGCAAAGAAAACUGUGUCUCAAAAUAAAACUUCCAGAAUACCCCAUGUGAAAAAAGUGAAAAAAUUGGCAGCUGAGUAUGAUGAAGUAAUUAGUCAAAAGAAGAAUGGGGCGGAUGUUGUAUUUGAUUUCAGAGAAUUGCAAAAGACAAAUGAGAGUAAAUCCAGCAAUGGAGAGCUUCAAAAGAAAUUGAAGAAAUCAAAGAAGAAAAAACAGAAUAUCUCCGUAAGCGAACUGUCAUUUGGAGAUCAUUCGUUUCACCCUGUUAUUGAAAUUGUGCCACAUAAAUCUCACACUAGUGAAGACAAAACAAUUGUCAGCAAGGUUUCCAGGACAACAGACGAUGACAAACGAUCGCUUUCAGAUGUGAUGGAUGGUGAAGAAGAUGAACAGAUGGUUUCUGCUAAACUUGAAAAGAAGAAACGGAAGUAUACAAAAAAGAAAAGUAACAAGAUUUCAAAAAGCAGUGGCGUUGAGUUGACAAAUAUUACCAUGACGACAGAGGAGAAACAGGCGGGGGAAUACCAAGUUGAAAAUGUCUUGUUUCCAAAAAGGAAAAAUGAGCAGCCAGUCAAAAAAGUCAAGAAAGCGGCUCGUGUAAAUCCUCCCUCUGAAAAUGACAAUAACGAGGAAUCAACUUGUGGCAGGAAAACUAGAUCUACUGACCAUCAAAAAUUAGUAGAUGAAAAUGAUCUUGACAAUGAUGACUUUUCUCCCAAGCAGCCAAUAUUUGCUAAACAUAAACAAAAAAAGGACGAAAAUGUUGCCGAUCACAAACACGAAAUGCCACAACUCAAAGAAAAGAUCGUAGUGAAGCAGGAAGUAGAUGAUCUCAGCGAGUAUGUUUCUGACGCAUCAAAAUCCAAAAAGAGAAAAUCAUCCCCUGUUGACCGAAUGGCAGUAAAGAAGAGUCGCAGAGCCGCAGCUAUGGUUGUAAGCUACAAGGAACCGAAACUCCACAGUAAAUUACGAAGAGGUGAUAACUACAAGGUUGGAUGGAGUGAUAAAUCGACAAAACAUGGUCAGAGCUCACGAAAAGCAUUGGACAGUGUAACAAAUAUCAAAUGAGAUUUUAAAUUAUUCUUAGAACUGUUUUAAAACUGAUACUUUAGGCUGUGAGUUGUACUUACUUACGGUACAUGAAAUGUACAGAUAGCUCUUGUGAAUCAAUGUACUCAAUAGUGACUAUUUAUAACUUUUGGAUUGUUUAAUUUCCCGGUGAGAGUAUGAUGAACUUUGGUACAUUUAACAUAUCAGUAGUAGUAGUACAAUUUGUUGUUAUUUUUUGCAUUAAGUUGUCAUGACGACUUUCGCCAAAAUUGAGCAGGUUAUUAAAAUGUUUUGU